AUGUCCACCGGCACCGAUGGGGCCGCUGCUUCUUCGAGUCGUAGCAUUGCCGCAGCGCCAUCAGCGCCAACGCUUCCUCAGGCGCACCACGUCAGCAUCAACACAGCGACAGACGAGACUGCAAGUGCAAUGCAAUUCGGCAAUGGUGUUACAAGUCCAGGUAGCCCAGGUUCGGAGGCCGAUUCGACCAUCAACAGCACCAGCUUUGCACCUAGCAUCCUUGCAUCGCAUCUUGGUCGCAGCAUCUACUCCUCAACAGGUGCGGCCACUUCAUCUCUCAGCCUCUCCGGCUCAGGCUUCAACUCGCCCAGCCUGUCCUUGACUGGCUUCAAUGCCGUCUCCACCGUGCUCAACAAUCCUUCCAAACGCCAACAUCCCAUCGACCCCAAAUCAUCUCGUUUUCCAGCAGUGACACCUAAUCAUGUUCCUGCCGACAUACCCAAAGUCAAAAAGGCCGAGCUUGGCUCCUACCUCUCCUCUGUCCGUCCAGAAUGGGAUCGAUUCAUGCGCAAUCAGAGCAUGGGGCGGCAAGGAAAGGCUACCAUCGAGCAGCAGCAAAGCAGCUCGUCCACCACAGAUCCAUCCUACCACUCGCAACCAUUGGGCAAGCCGAAUCGACGACAUUGCCCAACUGCUAGCAUCGCCUCGCUCUCUGCCGAUUUACAGGCUCUUCCACCACCACAGGCUCCCAAAAGGCUUCCCAAUCUCAGUGCAGUUCCACAAGUCUUCUUCUCCGAAGAAUUCGACCUUGGCAAUCCUUACACCUUUGACCAAGUCACAGAACGCUACAAGGUAGCCUCUGCAUCUGCUUCGGAACAGAACGGCAACUCAGCGCCAACCUACGACGUCGCCUUGAACCAGAUGCUGCAAGAGAAGCUCAGCUAUUACUCGGAUGUCAUCGAACAACACCUCAUCAUCGAGAUCGGUCAGCAGUCAUCUUCCUUCUUCGCUGCUCUUGAGAACCUCAAUGACCUCAAUGCCGAGGCAGAGAGCUGCUUGCGCAACAUCGUCUCGCUCAAAUCCGAGUUGGAGACCAUUGACGAGAAGCAAGUCAAGAAGGGUCUGCGAGUCAUCAGAGAGCAGCAGCAUCGCAGGCAGCUGGAACGCAAGCAGUUUGCUGUCCAGAACGUCCGCCAAGUGAUUGAGCGCAGAGAUCUUGUGCGUCUUCUACUGCAGCAAGGUGAGACAGAAGAGGCGCUCGAACUGCUCAACAAGCUCAGAUCAGCGUUGUGGCGCAACGACAACGACCAGGAGCAGGCUUCUCCCCAUGUCACCACCACGCCAAAAGCCAUAUCCGAUUUGACAUCAACGACCAGCGCGGUUGUCUUUUCAGACCUGCAGUGUCUGUCCAACAUACCCGCACAGCUCGAGGACAUGGAGCAGACUCUGGCAGGCAUGUUGGAGCAGGAUCUGAUAGCAAUACUCAAGCAGGACAUCGAUGCUCAUCUCUCAUCCUACCGACAACACGGCGCCGCGUCAUCCGCCCCAGACGGUGUUUAUUUCAACGAGGCUAAGGAUGAACAAGCCAAGCCCGACUCUAACGCACCAAACGCUGCAGCGACUUCGUCUCCUCUCACGCCAUCAAUACCGCCAGCUUCGCCCUUUGCUCAUUCUGCACGCGCCCUCCCGCCCACAGAUGCCGAGCUGGCGACCCGCAUUGCACCACUCGUCGUCGGCCUUGCCAAGACUGGUGGUAUUGAGAAAACCGUUGCCUCCUACCGAGAAGUGGCCAUUCAGGCUAUCCAGCAAACAUGGAGAAACACGCUGUCGGAUUCCAGCCCCGAGAUGGCCGAGACAGUCAGGUGGCUACUGUCUCAAGACCACACAAGAUACGAUGACCACGACAACCUCCCCGCACCUGCCGCGCGGAUCCGAGAUCUGGAGCAUGCUCGCUUCCUCGAGGUUGGACGAGAGCUCUUCGAGAUCCUCAUUGAAUGUCUCAAGGCCGUCGAUGCCCAGUGCAAGCUGGUGCCUCAUAUCUUGGACCAGCUCAACAGUUCCGACAACUCCAGCGCUACCUCAGCGGCACCGGAAAGCGAUAACGACAGCACUGUUGCAACGAAUGGCAAUGCAACAUCCUUUUCGGCAGCACUACCAGCGCCUCCCACCAUGCCUCAAGGCGUACCCACCAAUCUGCCAGCCAAGUUGUCAGAGGUCCUCGUCGCUUCGGCAGAACAGGCGCACACCCUCUGUGCACGUCUGCUGGCUUUGCGUGCCACUACACACGCUACUCUCGAGUUGCCGCCUUUUCUCGUCGUCUUCCAGCUCUGCUGGAGCUUCGUCUUGUCGUCAGAGCAGCUGUGCCGAAAGAUGAUUGUUGGCCUUCGAGGCAUCGUGCUCAGCCAGGCCAAGGCUUUCCUCGCCAAUUUCCACCGCCGGCGCAUCGAGCGUGCAGCCAAAGCAGUCGAAGAAGAGACAUGGGCUCAGGCCGAGGUUGGCGCUGACAUUCAGGCACAGAUUCGCCAGAUUGUUAGCAGUGCCGUAGAAGACCCGGCCGACUUUGUUGUCACUGGCGGCGAACCACGGAAGAAUAUCGGCAACAGCAAGGAGCCAGAGUCGGCACAACCAAACGAGAAGGAUUCUACUGCGGACACACGCAUGGCAAAGACGCUCGACAUCGAGGACCGCCAGUACUUUGUCGUCGACGCAAGUCUGGACGUGCUGUCACUGCUCGUGGACUAUCUCAAGGUCAUCAUCAACCUGCCACUCCUCACCACCGAAGCCAUGGCUCGAGUGGUCGAGUUCCUUAAGCAAUUCAACUCGCGCACCUGUCAAGUCGUUCUAGGUGCCGGAGCCAUGCGAUCGGCCGGUCUCAAGAACAUCACUGCCAAACACUUGGCGCUCGCAUCACAGUCUCUGUCGAUCAUCAUCUCGCUCAUUCCUUACAUUCGCGAAACGGUGCGUCGUCAUCUGUCACCCAAGCAAGCCGUCCUGCUCACCGAGUUUGACAAGUUGCGUCGCGACUUCCAGGAGCAUCAGUACGAGAUUCAUUCCAAGCUUGUCGCUAUCAUGUCGGAUCGUCUCACCGUCCACUGUCGCACGCUCAGCGCCAUCGACUGGAACGCCGAAAAGCCUUCCAGUGAGGCUCAUGAGGGAGACGAGGCAAAGGAGACCGAGCCGAACAAGUACGCUGCCGACCUGGUCAAAGAGACUGCCACUUUGCACAAGGUCCUCAGCAAGUACCUUGAAGCUGUUGUAGUCGAGCAUGUCAUUGGACAGGUGCUUCGAGCCAUCGAUGCACGCCUGGCACAGGAGUUUGAAAAGGUACCCAUACAGAGCCAAGUAGCUCUUGACCAAAUGCAGACUGAUGUCCGCUACCUUGGCAUCAAGCUUUCGACCUUGAAGCAUGUUGAGUGGAAAGAUGAGGCGCUGCAGCACGUUCUCAGCACUAAGUCAGUGGCGCCACCACCGCCAACCGUCAACAUGACGACAUCCGGUGCAUCCUCGACACCCAACAAUGAGGCGGCACCUGGCUCGCCUGCGGUCGACAAGCCAUCCACUUUGCAGUUCGGACCCGUUACGUACAAGCCUCGCAUUCCCAACAUCUUUGCUCGUCGCCAGCAGCAGCAGCAGCAACAACAACAUAGCCAGUCGAUCAGCCCUCGAGUCUCAACUGAUGUUCAGGGCUCAUCAACACCUUCCGAGACACAGCGUUCAGUGGACACCACACCGCGCACCAGCAUUCAACUUCCGCAGCAGCCAAUUUCUUCGCAAGGCGCAGAGGGUGAGCUGCCGAAGCCGCCUGACACUCCAGGUCCUGAGCCUCCUGCCAAGCCGUCCGCUGCAGGGGCCAGGAGUCUCGAGGAAGAAGCGAACGACGUCCCACCGACGCCUCCUUCAAAGAAUCAGGAUGUGGAGGCUGCGUCUAUUGUCAAGGACAAGGAGGUGGAAGAAGAAGAUCUCGUUGCACCAGUGGUACCUGCGCCAAAAGCCGUGGCAAGAGUGCUCGCUGAAGGCAGGCGACCGUCGACAGACUUGUCCGAUCAAGGCACUACCAACGAUGCUGCUGCUGCUUUUGCACCAUUCCCCUUCGUGGCAGAGACCGCUGCUGAGGUCAGUCAGUCGAGCAAGGAAGACAAGCAAGCUCAAGAAGAUGCUCCAACUGUUACACACUCAGAGGACAUGGGAGUUGCAUCUGAUCAAAAAGCCGCCACUGAGGCACCGCAGGUUGAGAAGUCCAUAACAGACACGGUGGACGCAAGUGCAGCGAGAGCUACCAAUACUGCUGUUACAGGGGCAUUGCCUCAGCUCUCAACGCCCACCAAGAAUGCUUGUCCCGCGGAUGCGUCGAGCAACCAGCAAGCAGUCACUGGCACUCCAGGCGAAGCUUCUCCCGCACGCAGCGGUGCCUCGACGCCCGCGACAGCAACACCUUCAGGCACCCCGACUAAGCCCGGAAGGAUGUCUCUGAAGGAGCGACUCGCAGAAGCAGCAAGAAAGAGAGCACAGGCAUCCGCUCCUGCUCGUCCAAGCAGUCAAGUCGAGGCCCCUGCCGCAGCCCCCCCUGCUGCACCUUUAGAGUCCACCGCGGCGGCAUUAGCGUCUGCUGCGGCUGAACAACCAGCGCCAGAGGAGGAGGAGGAGUCAGUCAAGACGCCCACCGCUGCUGAAGCUGUGUCAAAGGCCGCUGCGCCUGAGGCUGCAUCCGAAAUGUCAACCACGAAAGCAGAAGAAGAUGUCAAGCAAGCGCCUGUUGAGGCAGAAGCUGAAGCAGCGAAGAAAGAGCCCGAGGAGCCUAGACAGGCUGCUUCUCAGGCCGUCGAGCAAGAGCAGCCAUCACAACCGGCAGAGUCGACCACGCCAGCGGACGCCACCGACGCAACUUCUGAAAGCAAGGAGACCCACAGCGAAAAGGUCGCUACAGACCCUGUAGCCGCUAAAGCAUCGGCUGAGAUCGAAACAAAGGAGAGUGCAGAUGCAGAUGGUGAUCAGGACGACGAAGGCAAUGAUGCGGUUGCCAACGAAGGCACCAACGACUCUGCUGUUGGCAGCACGCCAGGCACGCCAGGCGCUGGCAGCAAGAAGAAUAAAAAGAAAAAGAAGAAGGGCAAGAAGAAGUAG